GAGUCGACGCAGCUCUCCCGCAGGGACCACAACUCCCAGAGUGCCCUGCGCCGUCGCCGCCGUCAGGACGAAGAUGGCCGGGAGACUCGCCGCCUUCCUCAAGAACACCUGGGCCAAGGAGCCGGUGCUGGUCGCGUCCUUCACCAUCGCGGGCCUCGCUAUAAUUCUGCCCCUCAUCAGCCCCUUCACCAAGUACUCGGUCAUGAUCAACCAGGCCACACCCUACAACUACCCGGUGCCCCUCCGAGAUGACGGGAGCAUGCCCGAUGUGCCCAGCCACCCCCAGGACCCACAGGGCCCAAGCUUGGAGUGGCUGAAGAAACUGUGAGCACGUCCAGUGACAGGCGGAGGCCCCCUCUCCUGUGGCCAAUAAACCUGUGAAAGCUGA